AUGCAACUGUCCGUCAGAACUGGAACAAGUCUGUGGCAGCAACAACAUAACUUAUGACAAUUUAUGUGCUUUCGACUGUUCCAAAAGGAAUAAUAGCGGUGAAGGUUUUUUCUCUUAUUUUUCUUUUUACUCGACCUCUUUCUGUUUCUUUUGCCCACUUGAAUAUCAAGUUUUUAUACUGGCCCAGUUUCAUGCGUCCAAAAACUGCGCAAACAAUAUUUUUUGGGCGUGGCUAGUAUUGGUCAUAUUUUGCAGGACUUUUUUCGUUGGGUAGAUUUUCUUGCAGAAAAGUUGAGAGAUAUCAAAUUUUCGAAACUUUGGAUUGCGGAUAUCUUGGAAAAUUGAAAAACCAAUCCAAAGUUUCGUAGUAAAUGGUUCAAGAUUAUGAGAACUUUGUUAGUUUUAAAAGUCCCCAGCCAUUUUUUUACAAAGUGCCUCAUUUUUUUAUUAAUAUGUGGGUUUAAACGAAAAAAAUGACCGUAAUCAAGAAAAAAAGCGGGUUAAGGCCAAACACCUUUAUUUAAGCAAUCAUACUAAAUUAUUCAAAUGAAAAAUUUUUUUGAAGCAUUUUAAAAACUAGUUUUUUUAUUCAAAAAAAUUACUUCAUUUUUUUGUUCUUCGAGUACCUUGAAAAAUUACCUCAAUUCAUUCAGAUGUUUUCCUCCUGCACAACGGCACCUGCUGUCCACUCCAAGAAUGUCCGGGGAACUUUCCGAUCUGCGACAACUUUGGUAAUAUAAUAAAUAUUCCAGUCUUGGUUCAGUUUCAUGUUUUUGAGAAACUCGUCCUAUUAAGUUCUUCGAAAAGAGUUUCACGCACGAGUUUCAGGGAAAACGCAUCCAAACGAGUGCACAUUCCAACGAGUCGCGUGCGUCGUGCGUAAAAGUUUGGGCAUCAUUUUGGCAAAGGUUAAAAGUCAAAAUGAUGGUGACGAAUUUUUUGGAAAAGUUCCAGCUCCAUGAAGGGCCGUGUCAUCUUGAAGAAAAGGCAGAAUGCCCCACAGAAUGCCCUGAAAUAUUUGACCCUGUCUGCGAUAAAGAUGAUAAUGUUUAUGAUAACAUUUGCAGGUGAAUGGUUGAUUUUUUUGAAAUUUAAAUUUAAAUUUGAGUUUGAGCUAAAACGACAUAAACUUUCCGUUUUUUUUAACCUUUCAGCUAAAUUUUCAAGUUAUUGACCCAAAACACUCUGUUCUGAAAAUACUAGCUAAGACUUCGAAGGCGCCAAAAGGUUUCAAAACAGAUGUUAUCGUUUUUUUUUUUUUCGCAUGGUCAAAGUCUAAUUUGUAUGCCCAGUGGACACUCUCUCAGCGCCCUGAGACUUGAAAAAAUUUUAUAGAUCAAAAAAUAGCGAAAUUACUGAGAAAAAUAAGAAAAAAUUCCCUCUUAGCUCUUUCAUCAGUGCAAAGACAACAUAAAUACAGCGUCAACCGAAUUUUUUCAUUUUCAGAUUCGAAGCGAUCAAAUGCGAGCUGAAGAAAAGUGGCAAAACUGAAAUAGCCCUUUCAAAAAACACGACAUCUUGUCUCGAGAAACUCCAAAGACCAAGUUUGUGAAGUUUGAAAUUUUCCAUUGACCAUUUUGAGAACUGUCGAAAACAAGUUCAAGGUCCACUUGGCGCCUUCCCAAAAACGUUUCGCCAAACUGAAAAAAUUAGAACUUUCGUUUGAUAAAUUGGUGCAGAAAUUUUCCGAUUGACUUUUUUGAAUGUUUCAGGGCAGAAGAAUGAGCAAAAACGACAUAUUAUGGGAGCCGAAACUCAAAGGUUUUAUGGCGGGAGUGCAGAAACAUACUCGUCGCCUCCGAUCGGCAAAUCUCAAGAUCAUUCCUACUUGACCAGCUUCUCAUCUUCCUAUGAAUCUUCUCGUGAAUCAGACAGAGGUGAAGAUUUCAUAGAUAUUAUAAAUUGAGGUGAUCGAAGUCAAAUGUUUGAAUUUCUGAUUUUAAGUGGUUUCUGAGAAUACAUUUGAAAAGCUCUUUCGACCUUUAUUAAAGCAAAAAAAUACAUUUAAAAAAACUUGGCAAGUAAGAUAUAGCCGCUCAGAAGUCGCUCAAGGUCGGUUGCGCUGGAAAAUUUGAUAUUUGAUUUGCGUAGUUUCCCGCUGUGACCAUUGCGCAUUAUGUCAAAACGAAUCAACUGUCUUGGCUACACGGAGAAAGCCAAAAAAAAAGGCUUUAUUUUCCUGUGAGUUUACUGACGUAAACUUCAAAGCUACCGAUAUUGGUCAGAUAAAAGAAAAACGUUUCAUUUUAAUUGUCCAUAUGACGUCUUGAACUAGUAAUGAUGGUCAUUAUGAAAAAUUUCACAAAUUCGUAUAUCUCAAAUACCCUGAAUACGUAGAUUGAACUAAUGAACUGCUUAAAGUUCACGAACCUAGCUCUGUAAAAUUCGCUUGCAAUACAGUUUCAGAAAAAUUCUCAACUUCUUCCUACGCCUCAAAAUUCACUACUACUCAAGGUUAUCAAGUAUUUUUCUCCGCUGAAAGUACCUUGAAACUUUUGGAUACAACUACGGUCCAACCAGUCUCAUUGCCAAAGGUUAGCCGAAACUCCAACAGCCGUAUUUUCAAACUCGACCUCUGCUUCGAUAAAAUCUCGAAGCAGUUUUUUUCCACUUCAUUCCGUUCGUUUCUCAAGGUCUUUUAUUAAUUAAGUAUCUUGCCAAGGAUCUGGAAUGUUCUUCAAAUUAGGGACACUGUCGAAGGGGUUUGAAAUCUCGGUAUCCUCAAAAAAUUGAAGAAUUUGAGAAAGGCUUGACGAUGUAAGAAGAUGGUUCCAUCAAACUUUUUCAGAUAAUUGACUUAGCAUCAGCUUGUUCGUCACAAUCUUGCGAGAAAACAUGGAUGCCGGUGUGUGAUACCCAAAACCGCACCCACAAAAACAUGUGUCUCUUCAAGUUUUAUGCUUGUCAGGUUAGUUUUACAAAGAUCAAGGUGGUCUCAAAGGUACAUAGGAUCAAAAUUAAAAUGGAUUCUAGAGGGGGAUAAGUUAAAAAAUGACCAAUUUUUCGGCUUUCUUGUCUCACAGGGAUUUCUAGUUCACAUGAUAACUAGAAAAAUUUGAAAAAAAAUUCACGGACUUUAAUAAAUUUUCUAAAGGUUCAAAAGGUUGCGAGAGCUCAAGAAAGUUAAUAUUUGAGAUAUUUGGAGAGAAAGAAAAUUGCCCUGAAAACAUUGUUUCCUGUUCAAAAAUGUUCUGAUUAGAGCGAAAUCGAUAGAAAAUGGUCAAAAGUAUCUCUCAAAAUUAUUAAGUUCAUUGCUUUCUUGCAAGGUCUCUCAAACUCUCCUCUAAACUAUACUACGCAAUAAAAAAUUCAAGUUUCUGCUGAAAACGAAGGCAAAAGUGUUGCGAUACCGCAGUUUGACGAGCCGCCGGCUAAUAAAAAAAACUGCCCAAGCCGAAUUUCUCAAGUUUCCACAGAACGAUCAUUAGGCUGAAAUGAAUCUAGAAAAGAUGUUUAUCUCAAAAAAAAAAGCUUUCAGGUGAAUAGAAUCGACGGAUCGACUGUGGACAUCGCUCACGAGGGUCCUUGUCAAAAACCAACGGUGAGAAGUUUUUUUUGGACUUUUUUGUGAGAAAAAUAACUUAGUUUGACCUGUUUUAGUCGCUAUGUAAACGAUUAAACUCUGCUAAAUGGUUAGAAUAAUUAUGAGCCGACCGAAAACUACUUGCGCGAGUGCAAUUUGAGUGAACUUUUCCGAAGUCUUUGCAAGUAUAACAGAACCCUACAAACAUUUUUCUAGAAGCCCUCGAUCUGCCUGGUCUGUCCAAAAGACGAGAUGCCAGUACCGCUUUGCGACAAUAUGAACAUGGUAAAUUCAUUUUGAACCAAAAAAAUUAAUAUUUCAAAAAAAUCUUCAUAGUAGUUCCUGAUGUUUCGAGUUAUUUUCGUUUCCCCUUUCCGUGUUUUUACGCAUCUUCUCAAGGUAAUCGUAAAAGUGAUCAUUGUACUUUAUGAAGAACCUUGAAAUUUUUUCCCUCUCCUCACUAAUUUUUUUUUUGUCGUUCAGACUCACAACUCCCUUUGCGAAUUCAUCCAAUUCAACUGCAACCAGAGGAAUAUUGGGGAUCAAGAGAGAGUUCUGGUUCAUGUAAAGGCUUGUCAUGCAAGAAGUGGUUCUUUUGAUUUGAAGGUUAGAGUGUUUUCAAGAGAAAUAUCAUAAAAAGAAACAUUUUCAGGAUGAGAAAUGUCCUGAAAAUUGUACAGAUGAGCGGCGGCCUGUAUGUGAUGAAGCAAAUAACACGCACGAAAAUUUGUGUCAUUUUCAGCAAUAUAAUUGUAAUAUGAGGAAGGUGAGAUUUUGCUUCGAGUUUCUUGAAUAAAUGUAAGUGGACAAAAUGUUUGAGCUUUGCACGGCUCACCCGACCAAAAACGGUUUGCGCAAGUUAGUAAAGGGUAGUAUCGUAUCAUCUUUCUGCAUGUCAAGUCAUUUUUAGAGAUGAUUUGAAUCACGCGUCAAUUUUCGAGCUGCUAGAGAAAAUAAAGUGUAACUGUUGUAAAAAUUCCAAACCCAGUACAAGUGGAUUUUUUGACCUCCUGAAUUACAUUUUUUAGCUGAAUAUCAGAGCUCCGUACUUGCGAUACCUCCGUCCGUGUUCCAAGAAGCAGAACUCUAUGGAAGUCAAUCCACUUCACGUGAAUGCCACGGUCCUUGACGUCGUCUUAGAAGACAGAUCGACUUCUGGGACGAAGCGUGUUACCAACGCUACCAGCGAGCUAACUACAGUUAUUUUCAGUUCUCUCGAGAAGGUGGGAAUGUAUAAUUGGCGUGGGGAGCUUAUGAAAAGCCAAAAGAGAAAAAAAAAACCUCCGAUUUUUUGCUUUCAAACUCAAAUUAUCGUGAAAUUUGGCUUUUUUCUAAACUUCUGAUGCUCCGAGUUCUACUGAACUUAAUAAUAACUUGUUCAUAUACUCUUACAAAAAGUCGAACUAUUUUUUCAUGUUCAUUCCUAAAUCAAAAAAUCAAUCUUCUUAUCGUCUAAAAAUCUCAAAACCAACCUUUAUGAAUCACACUCUGUCGGUCGCCGAUAUGAUCUAAUAUUUUAUGAAUAAACAGGAAUCGACGCGAGUGACGACUCCAAAUGUGACGGCACAACCUGAAGUUGCCGAGCAAACUGUGCCAACAACCACGAAAAUUACUCGUAAGGCAUUUAGGGACCAAAAUUAUCAAAGAAAACAAAAAUCAGCUGUGAAUUCAACGAUCGACGAAGAAUUCGAUUGUCCCAGGCCAAAUUGCCCGAUGGAUGGGCUUCCGGUUUGUGACUCUAGAGGCAGUUUACAUGGGUCAGUUGAAACGGUGAAGGGAAAUUAAUAAAAGAUUAUCAGAAAUUUAUGCGAGUUUACGUACUCGAGAUGCCUUGCCGCUCGUGUUGGUGAGCAACUUCACAUUUCAGCCGAAGAAAAUUGUGUUUCCAAGGCCGCUUGUCAGGUUUUCUAUCAUUUUUCAUGUUUGCUUCACAAUAAUAUGAUCGGAAUGGAUCUGUUUUGAUACAAUCCUUCCUGGCUGUCAUUAAGAGUUUUCCAUUCGAGCUUUUCGAAAAAAAAAAGAUCGCAAGUAGAAAAUAUGCCAAUGCUUUUUGACCGCGAAAGCUGGUUUAUAGCAAUAUAUGAAAAUGCAUUAGUGCGGGAUCCGUUUGAGGUCGGUCGCGUUAUUUUAAAAAGUCGCCACGUCUAAUCAUUACAAGUUAGACCAAAUAUAAAGCGAUAAUUUUUAGAUGCCCUGCACAGACGACCCUCACCCUAUAUGCGCUUCUGAUUUUUCCACUUAUGACAAUCUUUGCCAUUUCCGCAAGCAGAAAUGCCUUGAUUCCAAUCUUGACGUCCUUUUCAAAGGUCUUUAAAAUCGAAAAACUUUCAAGUUUCGUCCCGAAUUCAGGAAGAUGCUCGGAAUGCUUGGAUUCCCCUUGUCCUCCUCCACCUUCCGAUGCUCCAGAUGACAUUUUUGUUUGCGUUGAAGAUGGAACCACUAGAUCUCUUUGCGAGUAUCACAUGCUCAGCUGCAUAUUUGAACGUGGAUAUGGCGUUAAUUUGUCUGUGAACUAUGUAAUUUAGUUCGAAAAGUUGGAUAACAAAAAAACUUUUAGGUUGGAAAGUGUUGUCCAAAAGAUGAAGUUUGUGAAAACGUCGAUGUGGUCCCGAUUUGCGGUAGCAAUGGGAGAUUUUACGCUUCCAGCUGUGAGCUUGACAUUGACAAUUGCAAGAACAAGAAGCUGGACCUCCCUUUGGUCAAAGAAGCUGAUCUGCAGUUUUGUGAUGGAAGGUUUAUUUAGUGGAAAAGAGAGGUCUUUCGGAGUAUUGGGGGGUUCAAAAGCUUAUAAAUCCACAAAUCUUGCUCAAAACUCUUUUUGAACCAACUAAACAUGAAUAUAAGCCAUAUUUGUCGGACAUCCGAAAAACUUUAUUUUGAAGGGAAAAGCAUUUUUCUAAAAGAGAAAAUUUCAGCUUGAACGGAGAAGGUACAUCUUUCGAGUCGAAAGAAGACGACUUGUCUAAAAUUGAAAAAUUCGGUGAGUUAUUCACAGAAAAUAUCUUUUCAACAUUUUUCGCUUUUUUUCUAAAAAUGCUAUAAACCAUGAAUAUCUGACUUUUUUGACCUUGAAACUUUUCAGAAGCUUCGUUCAACUGCUCUUCGAUAUGUGGAAACACCUACGAACCACUUUGCGGAUCUGAUGACGUCACAUAUUCUAAUGAAUGUACUUUCCACCUUGCCCAGUGCAAUUCAACGUAAAAAACCUACAAGUACUCAAUUUCAGUUUGGUUUUCAACUUCAGAGAUGAAGACCUUCAAAUAUCAUACCGUGGAGAAUGUUGCAAUUCUCAUUGUCCCAACGAUUUCAGUCCAGUUUGCGACAAUAAGAAUAAAACUCAUCAGGUUGAUAAUUUUUUUAUUUUUUUGUGAAGAGAAAAAAAGUUUUUUUCAGAACAUGUGCAAGUUUGGGACGCAGCAGUGUAUCAUGGAGAGAAGUACAGGAGAGCUGUUGCAAGUUUCGAAGUUUGAAAUUUGUGAAGAAGCGGCUAGAAAAUGCGACCUACAAUGUCCGAAAGAAUAUGUUCCUGUUUGUGCGACAAAUGGUUAGAAAAAUGAUUUUAAGAUAAUUCAAGGUCUUAGACACUGAUAUAAGAAAAAGUUUACUUGGAAUUUGGUAUAAACUUCAGGAGAAACGGUGGUUAACGAAUGCGUCCUGAACAGAUUCAACUGCCUUGUUUUGAAUAAUAUCACUUCUGGAGUUUUGAUGGAGAAGGCUUACAAUGGUGAGUUUCAUUUUUCAUUUGCACGACUUUUCGAAAUUGACGAAAUGCGCAAUCAGUAAAGCCUCCUAGCUUUCCAAUUUUUUUUCAUGUUCUAGGAGCUUUUUAAAAAGUUUUGAAUAUUACUUCGGAGCCGACUUUGGGCUCAUCAGGGACACAUUCAGAAAUGGAUUCAUUUUCGCUCUAUUUCUGAUAUUUUUUCAGCGAAAAUGUUGAAUAAAAUUUAAGGCCAGUGCUGCGACAACUCUGAGUGCGAACUCAACUUCUCGCCGGUCUGCGAUUCCUCCGGAGUUACCCAUGCAAAUGAAUGCAUUUUGAACAAAAAAGCUUGCGUUGAAAUGAAAAAGUUUGGCAAAAACAUCACGAUUGCUUAUAAGGUGAGCCUCUUUGAUAUUCAAACUAAUCUUGAAGUUCAUUUCAGGGCCAAUGUUGUGAACAAACGUGCCCCAAAAAUUAUGAACCUGUCUGCGAUGGGAAGAAUUCUCAUGACAACUUGUGCCGUUUCAGGUUAAUUUUCAGAAAAGUUCAUUGAUUUUAUUUUUUUUUCUGUGAUUGCGGAAUUAUUUUUCAACUUUUUAACCAACAUGAAAAUGAUAAAACUUGUGAGAAAAAGUAAAUUCAUUUUACAAAGCUCUAACAUUUUUGAAAUCGAAGUUUGAUCCCAGAAGUUGUCCGACUUGAAAUUCAAUUCCAUUUUUCAGAGAAGCUCAGUGCAAAGCCGAGCGUCUUGGCGAAUCGUUAUCUGUGGCUUAUCAGGGCGAAUGUUGCUCGUUGCCCGAAGGAGAAUGUCGCUUCUCAGGUGACGGUUUUAUGUGCCAUUUGAGUGUCAUUUGGUUGAGCGUGGAAAGUUUCAUGAAAUAAGCUUUGAAGUGGAGAUAAUAGUUGAGAUAUAAGCUGGAACAAUGCAUCUGAACUCUGAGAUUUUGAGUAUUAAAGCUAAAAGGCUCCAAUGCCACUGCAUUGAAAUGCAUCCGACGUAAAACGACUUGCGCAAAAUCUAAAGUUACAAGUUGCAUGUGAACGGGAAAGUAGCCAAACCUGAAGCUCUGAGCCAUUCCAAAUUUGAUCAUGGUUUUUCCAGUUAAGAUGGUGAAAAUAUAAAUUAUUUUCUCUAAAAAUCAUCAAUCAAACAAAAUUCUUUUUAGAAAGAUAUGACCGAAAUCAAAUGAACAGAAUCGAGCUCCUUCCAUAAUAAGAAAUUUCUUCGUAACUCAAAGUUUCCAGGAACCGUUUGCGAUUCUGACGGUCAGACGCAUGCCAGUCAAUGUUGGUUCAUGCAGAGAAAAUGUGUGGUCGAGCGAAUUUUCGGCAAACCGCUCAAUAUUGUUCACAAUGGUAUAUUUCAAAUUUACACCAAUCAAUCGGAUUUGAAUAUCAAAGGUGAAUGUUGCGUCUUGAAAUCCUGCCCCGAAAGCGACGAACCUGUGUGCGAUUCUCGUGGCACUACACAUUCCUCGAUAUGCCAUUUCCAAAACACAAAGUGUAUCUACGAUAAGAUACAUUCCAGGAAUGCUUCACUGGAGUUUGACUAUUUUGGUAGCAAAAAAAGAUAAUUAAUGAGCUGAUAAGAGGGUUUUGUAGGUGCUUGCUGCAUUGCAGGAUGCACUGAUGAAGUUCAAACAAUUUGCGAUCAAAACGGAACUUCUUAUCAGAAUCCGUGUUUUUUCAAAUACCGAGCGUGUCAAAAUUGGCAGAGGUUAGUUUUUGGUUUUUGGACAAUGGUAUAUCGGAGAAAAAAGCGACUUCUUCAGGGGAAAACUCAAAUUUUGCGGAAAAUAUUUCCGAAUUUAAUGAUAAGAAUUUAUUAGUUGGAUCGAAUAUAAAUAAAGCCUUCUUCUAAAAAUCAUUGAAAAAACGUUAUUUUUAAUCGUUGGUUUCUUGAAACAACAUUCCGAAAGUUGCUCCGCAAUUGCUUCCUUGAAAAAAACAAAUUAAUACAAGACUUUGCCAGAACUCUAGUCGAAAAAGUUGGAAUUUAUUCUGAAUUGGAUUUUUCCAAAAUCGCAAUUCACGACGAACAAAGUGAAAAUCAGCCUGAUUCCAAAUUUAUUAGAAAUUAUUAGUUUAUAGCUCUUUCUCCAUGUUUUUUUGAUUUUCAUGAAAAACUCAAAAUUUUCCAGAACCCAACAAGUUUUGCACUCAACGCCUUGUUCCUCCACCUAA